GGCGGGGCGGGGCGCCGGGCUCCUUCCGGGGAUGGGCCCGGGCUCCUCCCCGCUCGGGCGGGCGCUCCGCCGUGUCCCCGCCCGUCAGCCCGCCCGGUCCGGCUGGCUGCAGACCGAACCCGGGCAGUCGCACCGGGAGCUCUCAGCCCGCGGGCGUCGGGAGGCGGGUCCCGGGCUGCGACCGGGCCGGGCCGAGCAGCCGGCCGCAUCAUGUUCUCGCUCAAGCCGCCCAGACCCACCUUCAGGUCCUACCUCCUGCCGCCGCCCCAGACUGACGAUAAGAUUAAUUCGGAACCGAAAAUUAAAAAACUGGAGCCCGUUCUUUUGCCAGGAGAAAUUGUUGUAAAUGAAGUCAAUUUUGUGAGAAAAUGCAUCGCAUCGGACACAAGCCAGUAUGAUUUGUGGGGAAAACUGAUAUGCAGUAACUUCAAAAUUUCCUUCAUUACGGAUGAUCCAAUGCCAUUACAGAAAUUCCAUUACAGAAACCUUCUACUUGGCGAACAUGAUGUGCCUUUAACGUGUAUUGAGCAAAUAGUCACACUAAAUGACCACAAGAGGAAGCAGAAAGUCCUGGGUCCAAACCAGAAGCUGAAAUUUAAUCCAACAGAGUUAAUUAUUUACUGUAAAGAUUUCAGAAUUGUCAGAUUUCGCUUUGAUGAAUCCGGUCCUGAAAGUGCCAAAAAGGUAUGCCUUGCAAUAGCUCAUUAUUCCCAGCCAACAGACCUCCAGCUACUCUUUGCAUUUGAAUAUGUUGGGAAAAAAUACCACAAUUCAGCCAGCAAAGCUAAUGGAGCACCCUUGGGAGCUGGGGGCAGCAGCAGCCAGAAGACGCCACUGUUCGAGACGUACUCAGACUGGGACAGGGAGGUGAAGAGGACGGGUGCCUUGGGCUGGAGGGUCUGCUCCAUCAACGAGGGCUACAUGAUCUCCACGUGCCUUCCAGAGUACUUCGUGGUGCCGAGCUCGCUAGCAGAUCAAGACCUGAAGGUCUUCUCCCAUUCUUUUGUUGGAAGACGGAUGCCAUUCUGGUGCUGGAGCCACUCGAACGGCAGUGCCCUCGUGCGCACAGCCCUCAUAAGAGACGUGCUGCAGCAGAGGAAGAUCGAGCAGAGGAUUUGUAAUGCAAUAACUAAAAGUCAUCCACAGAGAAGUGAUGUCUACAAGUCAGAUUUGGACAAGACCUUACCCAACAUCCAAGAUAUUCAGGUGGCUUUUGUAAAACUUAAACAACUUUGUGUUAAUGAACCGUUUGAAGAAACUGAAGAGAAAUGGCUAUCUUCACUGGAGAAUACACGGUGGUUGGAAUACGUAAGGGCAUUUCUUAAACAUGCAGCAGAACUCGUGUACGUGCUAGAGAGCAAACGUCUGUCUGUAGUGCUGCAAGAGGAGGAGGGAAGAGACCUGAGCUGCAUCAUAGCUUCUCUGGUCCAAGUGAUGCUGGACCCCUAUUUCAGGACCAUUACUGGGUUUCAGAGUCUGAUACAGAAAGAGUGGGUCAUGGCUGGAUAUCCGUUCCUGGACAGAUGCAACCACCUGAAGAGAUCGGAGAAGGAGGCUCCCGUGUUCCUGCUCUUCCUGGACACUACGUGGCAGCUGCUGGAGCAGUGCCCAGCGGCCUUCGAGUUCUCUGAGACUUACCUGGCGGUGCUGCACGACAGCACCCGUGUGGCCCUGUUCGGCACCUUCCUGUUCAACUCUCCGCACCAGCGUGUGCAACAGAGCACGGAAUUUGCUAUAAGCAAAAAUAUCCAGCUGGGUGAUGAGAAGGGUUUAAAAUUCCCCUCCGUUUGGGACUGGUCUCUCCAGUUUACACCAAAGGAUCGCACUCUUUUCCACAACCCCUUCUACAUUGGAAAGAGCACGCCUUGUGUACAAAACGGUUCUGUGAAGUCCUUUAAAAGGACAAAGAAAAGCUACAGCUCCACACUGAGAGGAAUGCCAGCCUCCUUAAAGAACGGCAUCAUCAGUGAGGAGGAGUUACGGCCAAGGAGAAACUCACUAAUCCUGCAGGUGAAGCCAGCAUCUCUGGAGCCGAGGGACAGCCAGGACUGGGACGCGGAGCGGUUCUUCCGAGAAUGGGCCUCCAGGCCGGCUGACCUGCACGGGACCAUCCUGCCACAUCUCUCAGGGGCGCACAUCAAGCUGUGGAAACUCUGCUACUUCCGCUGGGUCCCCGAGGCCCAGAUCCAGCAUGGGGGCUUUAUUACGGUCUUCCACAAGCUCUCGCUGCUGGCUGACGAGGUGGACGUUUUGAGCAGGGCACUGCGACAGCCCCGGGGUGGCCCCAUGCCAGCCUCCGGCCCCGAGCUGGCCCCAAGCAGGCUGUACUUCCGUGCCGGCGGCCCACACGACGCCCCAGGCACUCCGGACUUCCUCUCGUCCUCCUUCCCCUUCUCCCCAGUGGGCAAUCUGUGCAGGCGGAGCAUUUCGGGGACACCGCUGAGCAAGUUUCUCAGUGGGGCCAAGAUAUGGCUGUCCACUGAGACCCUCGCCAAUGAAGACUGACCAUCCUAAGGGACGAGCAGGACUGCUGACCCACGUGGGGCCAAGAUACGGCUAUCCACUGAGACCCUCACACGUGGAGACCAAAGGGGUCUUCCUGCACGUCCUGAGGGGUGAGCAGAACUGCUGCCCUAGACGUCAGACACACUCAUCAUUUAUCUGUAACAACUGAAAUUUGCACUAAUUCUUAAAAACAUGUUGAAUUGUUUCCUUCACGGUUUUUUAAAAGACAGGCCUAACCUUUGUUAUUUAUGUUCUCUUUCUGUCAUGCUGGAUCUGGCUCAUUUUUAGGUCAUUUGCAGGCAGACAUUCCCAUGAUUUUAUUACUGUGAUCAGACUAAUCAGGUUUUGUGUGUGGUUUGUCUUUCUAACCACCUACUAAAGCUUCCCUGAUCCUUGGUUGGAUUAGCAGCCUGAGCACCAACCAUCAGGGGAGUCAAGAACUAGUGUCUGGUGUAUUUUCAAGAAGCAUCCAGCAGACCCCAGUGGGUAUUCAGGGGUAUUUGUGCAUUUUUCUGGUCACUUUCAUUAUCUCUAGUUGAACUCACCUGAGAGUUGUGUGUUCCCACACUGUAAUUUAUUAUAGAUUGCUGUCUGGGACCGUAGAUCACUGUGUUUUAAAAUCAUGAGUUUGCUUAGGGCUAACUUCAAAAUGGUGUGCACUGUUGACUUCAAAAGCAUUUGCUGUAGAUAAUAUAAUUAAACUUAGAAGUGCCUUUGAUUAUUAACUAUUAAGAUAUGAAUAACUCAGAGUAAAACAAUUUGAGUUAGGAUAUCAGAGUCCUACCACACAUCAGAAGGAGGCUAGUCACGAAGCCUCCAGCUGAGAGUCACCUGGACACCCCAGGUCUGAGGAGGGGCGGGGAGCGGAGCCAGCAUUGGCAGUAUUACCAAGACCCAGCCACUCUGGGCACCUGCCCAUGAAAAGGGGUGGUGAGCUCAGGAGUCAGGUCACCUGCAGGGAAGGACAGAGUGCCUGGCACUUGGGGAGGGAGGACAGGUGAGUAGAGGUGGACUUCUCUCAGGAUAUUGCCAUUUUAACCAAGAGCACCUGCCCCGCCCUGCCUGUGACAGCAGCGCUGAGGAGACGAAGACAGGUGUGCUCUUGUCUGAGCUCCUGAUGGCGCGUGUGUCAUGGGAGCUGCACCAAAGCUGUGCCGGUCAGAGUCAUCACACACUUCACUUUUGGGAAAGGAUGGAUGUUUGAAAUGUGACUGUCAUGUCGUCUUAAACUGCCAUCUUAUGCUUUUCAAAACAUGUUUAAAGUGUGCAGUUAGAUUAUGUCUUUUUCUAAAACAAGUUUUUUUCAAAACAGUGCUUUACCUUCAUAUGUAACAAAUAGGUAUUUCUGUUUGAAUUACUUGCCUUUAAAAAUUGUUGGAUAAUGUCUCUGGAUUUAAAAGGAUGGAAACUCCUAUGCAGUGUCUAAGGAAAUCCAUCUUGUGGUAAACUCAGUGUUUUCUCCCAACCUGCCUAGAAAAUAAGGGCUUUUUUAGUUUAUAUAAGUUUAUAUAAGUAGCACUGUUGCCACAAGGACUUUUAUAGUCCUUGACUGGAACCAGUUCCAGCCCCCUGAAAACCCCAAAUCCCAUCUUGCCACUGAAAAUUUAACAGUUCUUCCCCAUUUUCCAUUAGGCUGCUUUUUAAUUAUUACAAAUUGUCUUAAUUUGUUACUGUUUUUUCGGGUUGAGCAUUCAUUUCUCUAUAACUUUCUUCCCUAUCACAUUUAUUUCAACCGUUUUAGUAAAUGUUUUUAACUUGCGAGUUUUAAAAUGAUUAGGUACUGUUAAAUGCUGUUUUAAAGUAGAAAAUGUGCAUAUUUUUGUAUGAUAAUCAAAUGUAAAUGUAAUACAGUGUUUUAUUUUUGCUGAACAGUUGUUUUAUCAUGAUUAUUGUGCCACAGUUUAUCGUGCAUAAUAUGAACAACAACUAUCCCAGCAUUAAGUUCUGGUCCCUGCACAGCCACCGGCCCUGUUGCUGGCCGAGGAUGUGGGGACAGGGUCCGAGGGCAGCACCAGACAUGGAUGCCCAGCUUCUGCUGACAGGGCCACGCGGGCAGACUCUCGGAUCGGACUUCAAGGUGUAAAGCGUCUUACUGUUGUUCGUGAUGGAAACCAACUUUAAAACCAAAAGUGUCUAACUUUAUUUAAGAAAGUAUAUUAAUUUGUGCUAACAGAGGGUGAAAACUGUUCAACACAUACUUCAACAAACUUUUCUUGCUAUAGCAGUAACCUCGAGUAGCUGAAACUUGAUUUUGAAAGAAAAUGAAAACCUUUGUGCCUAAAAUUGAUUGUGACUUGCAUUAAAGUAGGAUGGGUAGGAAGGUGAGAGAUUCUGUUUUCCAGAGUGAUGAAUGUGAAGGAAGUGCUGAGUGCUAAUAAAAUGUCCUAGAAAUGGUU